AUGAGUGGGCUAGAAAUCAUCGGUCUAGUCAGCAGCAUAAUCAGCUUCGUCGACUUUGCUGCCGAAGGUGUCGCUUUAGCACAAGCGAUUGCAGAAGAUGGGUCGGCAUCGCUGGGUGACAACGCGAAAUUGGAAGAUCGCAUCAAACGAUGUGACAAUCAAAUGAACAGUAUACGCCGGGAUUACUCAGACAUUGAGAAGAAUAGUCAUGAGGCCGAGCUUGUCAAAGUCACCGAUGAGUACAGGAUCCUGACACUUGAGUUGAUGAGUCUCCUGGGAGGCCUCAAAGCAACCAGAAAGCGGGACAUAGCGUUCAAAUUGUUCAAAAGCUCCCGCCAGAAAGACAAGAAGGCAGAGCUACAAAAGGACUUGAAGGCUUGCCGACAGCGAGUACACAUGCAACUAACACUCGCGUCAAGUGCAGACCUACAACAGCGCUUGGAGGAGAUCCGUGAUCAGGGAAAGGCCAAAUCGACCGAAGUCAAGCUCAUGAGAGAUGGCAUAAGUGAGCUUGAGACUCGAAUGAAGGCUUGGAGGCAUGUUCCCGAGUUCAUGGAACAAGCUGCGGAUAUUCUGGCUCUCUCCAAAGGAGCAGCCGAGCGCACCGUGCAGGCACUAAUAUUGGAGAAGCUCCAUGUCGCCGAUAUGACUCGCAGGUUCGACGACGUCAAGCCUGCCCAUGAGAAGACAUUCUCUUGGAUUCUGAAAUCAGAAGCCAGACCUGACGAGACAGCUGUGGAGUUGGACGCCCGUCGAGACCUUACCACUUGGCUUUCAAAGGGAAGAGGCAUCUUCCACAUAACUGGCAAGCCAGAUCACUGA